AAAUAUGUUUUAAAAUAUUAAUUUUGCAUGUAUUGUGCUACCAACUCUUAGCUGGCUGCAAGCUAGCUGACCAGAGUGGAGACAGCUAACGUUAUCUCCUCGGCUAGCGACUUGCAUUUGUUUACGUUAGCUACCUACCAAGCUUAAUGCGACAAGAGAACUAGCUAUCUAGCAAGUUGGUUGCAAUUAGAUCUAGCUUGCUAACGCAUUCUUGCUGCAAACAGGACCUUUGGCAGCGUCACUUUGAAGUACUGGAAUAUCUGCAAGAUAUCCAAACACGAAAUGUCAAGGCCCACGAGAAACAAGAGGGUGGUUGACUACUCACAGUUCCAGGACUCUGAUGAUGCAGAUGAGUAUGCAGGAGAUGCUGAGCGGAAACGCAAGCCAGGAAUCACUGCUGACAGUGACGACUCUAAGGAUCGUAAUUUGUCAAACGACUGUGACGGUGACGAGGACAACGAGUACAAAGAAGAGGAGGACGAGGACGGAGGAGACAGCGACUACGACGCCAAAAAAGACAGGAAGGCAAAGCAAUUGACGGCCAAACGGAAACGGGCUGCAGACGACAGCGAUGAUGACCGGGGCCCAAGGAAAAAGGGACGCCAGGUACGACAGGCCGCCACCAAAGCAGUAUCGAAGCAGCGGGAGAUGAUCUUGGGAGAUGGUGGCAGUGAAGAGGAGGGUGAGAAGGAAGACGAGGAAGAGGAGGACAGUGAUGUCUACACUGGCGAGGACUCGGGGAGCGAUGAGGACUUCUGUGUGGAUGACGAUGACGAUGACAGUGACUACGGCAAGCCUCGGCGGAGAGCCUCAAAGGGAGGCAGGAGAGGCAAGCCAGAGAAGAAGACCACCCCCAAACCAAGGAUAAGGGCCUCAGCUACUCGUGGACCCAAGAAAAAGAGGGGCCGAAAACAGCCCAGGGGGAGGAGAGUCGUGAAGAAGGUUCUGCCCAAAGAGGAGGAGGAAGAUGUGGACAGCCCCAAAGAAGAGGAGGAGGAAGAGGAGCGGAAACCGGAGAAGAAGGCUCGUUUAGCCCCCAAGAAAUCUGAUGACGAGGCUGAGGACAUGAAGAAGGAGGAGGAGGAAGAUGAGGAGGAGGAGGAGGAGGAGGAGGAAGAAGAUGUGAAGAAGAAGGAGAAAGUGAAGGAGAAAGUGAAGGAGAAGAAGGUGGAGCAGGACGAUGUUUCGGAGGAGGAUCCUCCGUCAGGUGAAGACUAGUCGUCUCCCUGAACCAGAUUCUGAAAAGGUUUUAUCUUUAUUUUUGAAAAAAAAAGCAAAAAAAAGUUCCUUUCAUGUAGGCCCCAGUGGAGUGUUCGCUCCAUGUCUGCCUGGCUUGAUGUGUGUACUGCGUUGGGUCAUUUCUUCUUGCUUGUAAAUACCAUAUCAGAUCUUUUUGAACUUGCCGGUAAGCCCCAUCCCUUUGAUCAAAAGAACAGAACCUUUGGUUUUGACAAAAACACAAACUUGCAGAACAACGGUUUCUAGAUUGUUGAAAGUUCCCAAAAAGGCGUUGCCUUUUGCAAAAUAAUGGGACUAUGCGUGCUAAUGUCUUUAAACUAAUUUUGCACCAGUUGCUUCAUCAUGACCAUUUAUGAUAAAUUGACAGCAUUUAUAGCAGUUUAUAAUACAACCCAAGAAGCAUAUUAUGCUUUAACUUUGCUUGGUAGAUAUAUGGAUACAUUUUCAGGGACUACGUUAAUGGCAGUGUAAAUUUGCUAACUUCUUUGUGAAGAUGUGUAUGCAGCUUGAAUUAAUUAUUGCUGGCUGCACUUUUUAUAUGAAAAAGAGGACAGGAGAAUCAAAGUCCUGAUGUUUCUGACAGAGCAUUGUGGCUCAUCGUCAAGCUGUUGAUGAGGAAAUGUGCAACUUUUGUGACAGCAGUUUGUUUGCAUCAGAAUCAUGUUUUUUUCCCUUUUAUAUUUGUGUAGUGCUAUUUUUCAGUAUACUUCUCUGUGAAGUGGCUUUGUUGAGAUAGCAGGCCUUGGUUUCUGAAGAGCUAUUCUGACUGUAGUCAGUGCAUAUUUGAAAAAAAAAUGUGUAUGAGAGCUUAGGUAUGUGUGAGCUCAUUUUACCAGUGAAGGGAACUGAGGAAUCACACCUGUAGAUGGAGUCUAUUGCUUUUCUGUUCUGGCUUCAUCACAGUAUUGGUCUGCAACUGUGCUUGCCAUCUACAUUCAUUGUUCAAUGAAUCCGUAUCUUUCAGUUCACCUGUAAACGAUACUAAGACUGCAGUUUGAUGUUCUGUUCCGCCUUUGUCUGUUUUGGCGGCGUGCUUUUCUAUGUGUACUAUGUGUAUUUUACUGGAGAAGAGGACGAGGAGUGUAUUUGGGUGAGGGCCUGAGUCUGAAUGGUGCACAUAUAGAGCUUCAUGACAGCACAUUGUGUUUAUCUCUUCUCUCUUUUUGUUGUUUCUGAAAGCAUUGUAUGACCUCUGUGACCUUUGGUGUGUGUCUGGAACGUUGUGAUGCUUCUGGGUGCCUUCUUGAAGAGAUUCUGUGUGUGUCGGGGUUGGGUCUGUCUCGGCGCAGCGUUUGGGGUUCGGUCUGUCUCGGCGCUGGGUUUGGACGCAGGCCUGGGCCUGGCACUGUUGCCAGAGCAUUAACACCUUUAGCAGGCUGUCUUUUGCCUAUUUUUAUGGUUUUAAUCUUAAAACAAUUUUAAUCGCUUUUGAUCUCUCUAUUCCCCCCAUGAAACAUUCUCUAUCAUAAUUUAUCCAAAAAGUUUCUGUUUUGUUUUGUUUCUUUGUUUUUGUUUGUUUUAAUUACUCUGGUCCGAUUUUGUAAUAUUUGUUUUACAAAGAAAAGAAAUAAAAUGUACCCAGGUUUUAAAGACA